GAUGUUUUUGUCGCCAAAAGGCGCCUAGCAACGGGCGAGGAUACAGUGGGCGCGGGAGUUGCUGCUGUGCAGAGGGAUACCCCAGCAUUUAGCUACUGCCCCUGUUUAACCUCUCACUGCCCAGCGUUCAGGCAGCCUCGCUGCUGCUGUUGGCAGGUUGUUGCUCACCUCUCGGCAUUGCAUUUUAAAUCCCACCUUUAAACGGUGCCUCAUUGGGUGCCGGCUUCUUGCAUUUUUUUUAAACGAGAGGGAGAGAGAGGUGAUAAUUUCCCCUACCCAAACUCACGGCGCUUCUCGCCGGAUGCUCUCGGGCCUCUACCAAAGUUUCCCCGGUCGGGGUUGGCCUAGAGCCCGUGGAUAUAACCGCGGGCCUCUUUAUUUAAGAUUCGUGCGUGUAGUCGAAGGGUUUUAACAUUUCAUUGGCAUUCCCGUGAAUUCUACCGGAGAUUUUCUCUGAGAUGAGAAAGGAAAAAAUACCAACGUAGCCAUUAAGAACCAUAGAAAUUGCUUGGAAAUGGCAACAUGGAACGGAGGAAUUGUACAAAGAGUACCAAAUCUGGAAGAUACCACUGGUUUCCAGGAGAGAGUAAAAAAUGAAAGACAAAUAUUGAAAGAAUCACUGGCUUUGCAGUUAAAUCAGGAUCUUCUUGGGAUCCUUAUCGAUGGAAGCCAGACAGAUGUCACGUUCCAUGUAGGAGCCGCUGUGUUCAGAGCUCACAAAGCUGUGCUGCUAGCAAGGGUCCCGGAGUUUUUCUUGCGCAUUUCUGGAAAACAGUUGAACCAGGAUACUCUGAACUGUCCACAAGUCAUCAAUGUAGAGAAUUUCCGACCUUCACAAUUUAAAUGUUUUUUGCAGCAAAUUUAUACAGCAGAUCGAAAAGUAGACCAUCUUGAAGAAGAGCUGCUCUUGAACAAAGAGCCCAAUCGAGGAGGAUUGAAGACUGAAGAAACUUGCUCUCUCAAUAGUGUUUUUCAUAAUUUGGGCAUGAGCAGUAGUGAUAGAUAUCUGCCAUUUAAUAAUUUUCCUCCUGAUAAUCAGACCUUGGAAAUGAAUGAAGAGAUGUUGACCUCAAGCCUGUUGGAAGAUGAUAUGCCUGAAGCAAUGUUUGAUAUGCCUGAGGAAACCGAAGCAGCGGAUGAGGUUUUAUCCAGUGAUGAUUCUGCACCAGAGCCAGCAUCUAUACUGGGUGCUGAUCUCUUAUCCCUAUAUCGGAAAGGAUGUUGUCCUGACAUAACCCUUCAUGUUGAGAACAGAACUUUUCAUGCACACAGGGCUAUCCUCUGUGCUCGCUCCAGUUACUUCGCAGCAAUGUUGAGUGGAAAUUGGGCAGAAAGCUUUCAGAAAUCGAUCACUCUUGCUGGCGUGAGCCAUGUGGAGAUGGAAAUAAUGAUAAACUUUUUAUAUGGAGCCAUUUUAGACUUGCCCAAAGAAGUUCUUCCACGUUCAGUGCUUACGUUAGCAGAUAUGUACAACUUGGAUGGGUUGAAGAAAGUAGUCCUACAUGUUCUGAAGAAAGAUUAUUGCAAGUUUUUUCACAAGCCUGUUAUUGGAAUGCAGCAAUCUAUUCUGGAGUGCCUGCAGAUAUCUCAUUCUAUUGGAAUUGAUGGCCUUUACAGUUCCUGUAUGAGAUGGAUUACCAAAUAUUUUGUGAAAUGCUGGUCUGGAAAGAAUUUUGCCUGUCUUCCAGCUGAACUGCAGCGAGCCUGUUUGAUGUCUGUAAUCCAGUCUUUAAAUGUAGAUAAUGUGGUUUCAGUGCUGAUGGACAGUGAUCGUCUACUGUGGAGCCUUCCUGAGGUGAAAUGGGCGGAGCAAGCAAUUGCUUUGACCAAAGAACUGCAAGACGAAUGCAUCAAGUUUAUUGUGCCACGCUUCCUUGAGACAGUCCAAAGUAAAAGCCUCCUCCACCUAUUAAAAGCGCAGAGAAUGAGCAGAAGACCAUAUCUGGUGGAAAAGGUUUUUGCAGCUAUUGAACAAAACAUAACAGUGACAGACGGUUGUUUGCAAUUUAUAGCCGUGGACCUGCUGAGGAGCCAGGUGUCUUACAAAGAGGUGGGUUUUGUGAGUGAGAUCUCGGCCCUCUUUGACAAGCUCUGGAUCUUUCUGGUUCAGUCUUUUUACGCGGUCCGCCACACGGAAGGCUGGAAGCUGAUGAAACCUCAAGACCAAGAGCAAAUCCAGGCAGCUGCUCUUGACAAAGGUGAUGAUAGAAAGCUCAGCAAAAGACCAACUUUGACGAGCUCACAGCAAAAGAAACGUCCUCUGCUUGACCUUUCUCCGUUUGAUGUGGUGGAGCAAGGGUAUAGAAAGGGAAAGGUGCUGUCAACAAAUACAGUUAUACCUAAUAGUCAAUUGACUGCUGCUUCAAAAAUGAAGUCUGACAGUUCAGUGCAUGCAGCAAAUGCACAACUGUCUGCUGGUGCUUUGAGGAAAAGUGAAGCAAAAGGAAAGGACAUGAGAAAAACAAAUGAUAAAACUCCAAAAAAUGGGAAAACCAAUGAAAAAGGUACCUCUACAAAGAUGAAUGCUCCUGCAAAAGCUAGACUGGAAACUAAGGCGAAAGCUGAGAGCACUGUCAGCAAAGUGAAAGUGUGUGCUGACACUCUGGUAUGUCAGACAGGUUCUACAGCGAGCAACAAAGACAUCAUCGGACAGGACGGCAAAGCAAGUACAGGUGCACGACCCAAAAUAUCUCUCAGCUCUUCCAGUACUCAAGCAAAACAAGGGAAAUCAUCAAAGAAAAUCAUUCAAUCUCACACAGAAUUGUCACAGACAGAGAAAAAUAGGAACAAGCGUCACUCUGACAAUCCCGAACUUCCAAGCAAGGAUGGUGCUGUAGGCGCAAGUGGAUACGUUGGUGGACUACAAGAGGGGAAUGAGAUGGACGAAAUAAACUAUCAUGAUAGGAAAAUGGCAUUUGUCAAUAGUCCUACUGAAACUACAGCACAGGAGCCUGCAAAGAGCUCAGUUGGCCAGAAGUCAACAGUUAGGUCCACAAGUGUCUCCAAAGCUACUAAGACUCCUCCACCUGCAUCAGUGAAAACUGGCAGACCACUUUCUAAUAGUAUGCCAAACAAACAGAGGGCACAAAAUAGAGAUGAAGGGUUGUCACAGGCUUCUAUGAAGAAAACAUGGAAUAGUAGCAGCAACUCAUCUGUUCAACACAGAGCAAGGAGUGCAUCUGGGGCAGCCAAAACUAAAGAUCCAAAAGGAGGGACAGUGGUUUUAGAAAAAGCAGCCCUUAUUUCAGAACAAAGUGAUGCUUCAAAACAGCCUACUAAAGUUCCAAACUGUGAAAAAAUAAUGGCUAAUGAAAUAUUUACAAAGGCUAAUAAUUCUAAACCAGUGAAAGCAGCAGCCCUCUCUGCAAUAAAGACAAAUACAAGGAAAAUGACACAACUUGGCACCGCAAGUCCACGGACACCUAUUAAUUCCAGUAAGGUUGCUCUGAAAGAGAAAAGUGCGUCUCUACCCAAUGUAAGAAAGCCAUCAACUAAGUUGCUUCCGGUGACAACCAAAACAAGUUCUAGCCUAAAAAGAUCUGCCUCUAGUUGUAAUGAAAAGGCAGCUCCUAAUUCUCCGUGUCAUGAUGUGAAAAGUGGAACAGAGUUAAAAAGUAAUCAAAUGGGACCAAGUAAUCAGCCACCACUCUGUCAGAAUGUAGAAGUACCUACUGCUUCACAUGAUAAUAGGUUGGCAAAAGGAGACCAUGUUUUGACAUGUGGACAUUCGCAACAAAUCAUUACCUCCAGCAACCUAUCUAACCAUGUUAAAAAAGCAAAUAAUUGUACAUCAGAAAAAUUACAAAUAGCUUUAGAUAUGUCUUCUGCAACUAAUUUUGAAGGUCACACAACACACAAGCCAUCUAAAGACAUUGAACUGAAGACCAAACAUUAUAGUUCUCCAGAUCAUUCUUCUUCUGCAAAUAAAGAACCCCAAAUAAAUCAAUCUUGUGAACCAAAGCUAUUGAUUUUUAAUGGCUGUGAGAAAACCAAGGAAGUCCCUCUUCAAAGAGAAACUAAUUUUGCUGAAGAAAUUAAAGCUGGCCAUCUUUUUACAGAUGGGGACCAUGUUCUAAAUAAAGGUAUAUUUGAACUAAAUAGUGCAACAAUUUAUACUCACUCAUUUGACCAAACUAGUGACGCUGCAAAGUAUAACUUAAAACAAGAUGAAAAGCCAGUUCCAUCAGAUUUACAUAAAGAAAUAGACGAGUCAGGAAUCCCAGAAAAUCAUGAGCAUUCAGAAACUCCACUAGUAGAAUCUUGGAACUUGGGCACAGAAGGCUACCAAGCCUCAGAUGCAUCUUUCCCAAAGCAAAGUCCAGACACAGAUACUGGAAGUGCAACAACCUCAUCUGAUGAUAUAAAACCUAAUUCUGAAGACUAUGAUGCUGGAGGUUCCCAGGAUGAUGAUGGAUCAAACGAGAGGGGUAUUUCCAAGUGCAGUACAGUUGUAUGUCAUGACUUUCUUGGGAGAAGUAGCAGUGAUACGAGCACGCCUGAAGAGCUUAAGGAAUAUGACAGUGGAUUAAGAGUAGAAGUAAAAGUGAAAGGUAUAGAGCCACAUGGGAAGACAAGAGGUGCUAGCACAAGAGAAUCACUAAUUAAUCAUUGUUCCAGAAUAUCUCCAGGCAGUAAAGCAGUGGAAAGAGGCAGUGAAGAAGAUGCUGUUCCUGGUGGUGAUAAAUUAGAUCCUGCCUCAGAUAUUUUGUCUUCAUGUGAAGUGACUGAAGAAGAUAAAUCCGAAAUUGAGAAUACAGAGGAAGUUUUCCCUUCCCCUCUUCCUCCACCUCCACCUCCACCCCCUCCCGACCAGGGCAUUUACCACUUUCAAGGUAUUGAUAACCUGGCUUUUGAAGACGUUACAGAAAAUGACACAGAGGUUACAAACUUUUCUUCAGCUGCAAAUUUUAAGCGUUCUGUUCUGCUAUCUGUGGAUGAAUGUGAGGAGUUGGGUUCUGAUGAAGGAGAAGCUGAAAGUCCUCUUGCAUUCUCUUUUGGUUCUCUUACUCCGUCCGAUGUAUUUGAUGGUGGUUCCCAUGAAAGUGGCCACCAACGUUAUGGCAGAACCUACUAUUCACGGUACUCGCUGGAAAUUGAUGAUGACUUUUUGGUGUAUAGCCACCUUCAUCAAGAGAAGGCCAAAAAACAAACAAAGGAACCAAGUCCUUCACCACCUGCAGAUGAAACUAGCAUGUUGGCUGACUGUGCAUUACUGCAGGUUGUUUCAACAGAUAUAGAAGCGACAAAGCAAGUCAAUAUUGAAGCUGUUGCACCCCAUCAGUGUGGUGAACCUUUUGAUGAAGUAGAAAGUAAACAUGAAGAAAAGGACCAGAUGGAAGGAAACAUGCUUGAAAACCAAUCUGAGGAUAACAUGUUAACUGAAGAAAAUAAUAUCCAGCCUGCAGGUGAUGGUGGUGGUGGUGACAAUAGACCUCAGGAAAGACCCUGCCAUUUGCAUCUCUGCCAGAAAGGGCAUUCUUCCAGUGUACACAGUGAUGACGUUGCUACAAAUGAGCAUUUAGCUAAUAUGGAAAAAGAGUAUGUGCAAGCUUACAACUCCACACCCAAUGAGCAAACUAAUAAUACUUUGCCAACAGGAAACUUAGCUGAUUGUGACAGAUCACAAAGCUGCACAUUUGAUCGUCGCCCUUCAAAAACCCUUUCUCCCAUAUACGAGAUGGAAAUAAUAGAAGAUGUGGAUCGGAGUUCAGAGGUAGAAGUGAACCAUGUGCACAAAGAAGAAAAUGAACACUUUGCAAAAAGAGACUGGAUACUACUUAAGCAGCUUCUUGGAGAUCAGGAUCUAAAUUGUGGAAUUGUUAACUGUCUACCUGAAGAUAUCAAUUUAGCAAAGUAUCUGAUCAACCAAACACUCUUCCUUUCUAGAGAUGCUUGUAAGACUCCAGGUAGAAUUGCAGUUGAAAAAGAGGCAUGGUAUAAAUGGACAGAACUGCAGUCUCCUUCAGAGGACUCCACAGCUAGCAUUACAGUGGCCAGUUUUUCACCAGAAGAAUCAGUGUCUCCACAGGGGGAAUGGACAAUUGUGGAACUGGAAACCCAUCACUAAGCAUACCCACUAAAUUGUGUGCAUUGGGAUGCAAGAUGAAUUUAAUCCAUAUGUCACAUGGUCCUGUCCUUUUUCUGUAGCUUAACAGAAUCUUAGUGUGUCACUAUUGGAUGCCAUAGUAGAAAAUAAAAUUGUGUACUUGACAUUUUGUUACAGAAUUACCGUUUGGGAGGUCUUUGUGAAGAGGAUAAGCAUGUAUGUCGAUGAUGCUUUACUUUAAAUUUGGGACUCAGGCAUAAGAAACCUUUGUAAAAUAUUAGUUUGUCUAAAAUUGAAACGCUUCUUUUCAUUUUCAUUGUAAAAUUUUAGAAAACCAAAUUAUUUUUUUUUAAAUUGAUCAGAAUAGGUAGUAAUGAGGGUAACCUUUGAAGCCAAGACAUAUGAACUUCGGUAAAACUCAGCAUAAAAAUCUUGUUUGGAAUUGAGGGCUGUAUUUUGUUUUUUUAAUUUUUUGAGGUUUUAGAUAUUGAUACAAUGGCCAUGGGACCAGAAUCUGAACUAAUAUAGUUUUAUCCUUUUUCUUUAUAAACUUACAGGAUAUGCUAGCUGUUUAAAACAAAAUGUGAUUUUUUUUUUCUUAGUCCAACUUGGGAAUUUUCUAUUAUUGCAGGUAUAAUUUGAUUAUGUUGAGCCGACUCAACAUAAACUAGACAUACAUGAAAUGCGUCCAUGAGAAAUUAACACAAUUUCAUUGCUCUUUGAUAAUGCAAAUGCUUAUUUGAGAAACUUUUAAAUAGCACUGAUUAUUUUGCAUCCUGUAAAUUCAGAGAUGGUCAUAAUUUUGUUACCAUAUGCUUUUUUGAUUUGAUUGAAAGCUAUGUGAAAAACUGGAUGGAAAAUAAUGGAAUAUUAGAAAAUUAUGCUUUUGACGAGGCUUAGCUUUACGUCAAGUUUUUGUACAGGUGCUAAUAAGUUUACCUUACCUGUGGCUAUGCAGAAUGAAGUCCAAUUUGAUUUAGAAGCCCCAAGCAACACCUUAAAUGAGAUCUCACAAGUGGACUCGUGGGCAGGACACACCUUCUAGGAACAAUGUUUGCAGAUAUCCUUGAAAUCCUACGGUUUAAUCACGUUUCAGUCGGCUUCUCCCACUUUGAUUUAAUCUGUGAAAUGACCUGACUUGGAACUGCAUGAUUAUUCACGUGCAGUUAGAGUACGUUUUCUUAUUUUCCCGUGCUUAUUACCCACAAGUUUGAAAAUACAAAUGUUCCUACUUGCAUACCAGUGUAAAAUAAAACUAGUUUUAGUACAAAGAUCCAGCCUUAAACUCUAAAAGUUAGAUUGCUGUCUAGACUUAAACGUGUGAAUGAAUGAAUAACUCAAAUCUAGUAACCAAGCAUCAAAACUAAUCCUAUGCUCUUUAUUCAAUAUCACAUCUUGAACAAAACAUGAACAAAAGUAUGCUGUUGUUCAUGCCAUGCUGUAAAGGAAAACUGUUUCUUUAUACAAAUUAAUAGAUAUGCUAAAGGCAGUAUUUUAAUUUGAGGUGCUGGUGGUUCAAAAGCUGCUUAACCACUUAUUCUGAAAUGCAUUGCCUUCAUAACUUGAUUGCAGAUUUUUUUUUUUUAGUUUACUUCUUUUGAAAAGAAGAUGGAAGUUUCAUUGCAAAAUUAUUCUAACUGUAUAUUAUCUCUAACUUUAAGAAUUGGAUAAAAUGUUCUCAUUUGAAAAAUUUUCACCCAUUCUCUUGUGUUUUAGUGUACAUAAUUCUGAAAGUUUUAGGUGCAGAAAACUUGAAAUGUGUAAUAAAUAUGAAAAUGUUUCAAGGUGACUUUACUAAAGGUCCCCGAUAAAUAAGCAAAUGAUGCUGAGCUCUUAAGAGCAUUCCAGAGCCCUUCAAGAGUAAUGAAAAAUCAUAGCUGAGAACCUGCAUUGCAUCAUCCAUGGUACUGACACAUCUUAGAGUGAUUUACUGUGUUGAAAGUUCUAUUUUGAAGUGUACACUGUUUUUGCAUGAUAUUGGAGAAACACCUGAUCCUGGUUACUGUGAAAAUGCCUGGUAAUAAAACGGUAAAUGUUUGUUGUGGGAAAAAUAUAGAUUACAAAAUAGAAAAGUAAUCAUGCAUUUUGAAUGUAGUAUAUGAAGGGCUGGAAUUUGAUAUUUUUUCCAGUACAGUGAUAGGCUGGGAAGAACAUAGAGUAGAGGCCAUUCAGACGAUUGAAUCUUCUCCACCAUUCAAUCAUGACUGUUAUGUUUCUCAACCUCAUUCUACCUUCUUCUUUAACCCUCAAGUCUUUUACCAAUGAAGAACCGACGUAUCUGAAAUACACUCAAUGACUUGACCAUAAGCUGCUCUGGCAACAAUGAAGAACAAUGUUGUUAUUCUUGUAAAUAGUUUUGUAGAACCAUCAAACCUACUAAACAUCAGUUAAAAAGCUCUUCCUUGAAGCAUCUGGGACUUUCACUGUAAAAUAAAGUACUUUAAUAUUCUGCAAAACAGGUCUCCAUCAUCAAUUAAUAGUUCAGUAGCUUUAAACCUCCUGUACAUAAUUCUGGAAAAACACCACCUGUGCGAUGUGUAUUCAUGAGUCGGUUUACAAAUAUUUCACCUAGUAAGUAAAAGGUGCUCUAAGUCUUUGAACAAACAUGUAAAUACAUUUGGGAGAAAAUUCUAUAAAGGUUACACUUGAAAAUUUAGAUGUCAGCUUUUUAUGCAUCCAAUAUAAUUUGUAUAACUAUUGUAACUUUGCAUUUAACAUUUCAUAAACUAAUUUCAAACCAUGUCCCUUAUUUCCAUCUGUAUUUUUGUGACACAUUGUUCAUAAUAGGAAGUCAUUUAAUGUAAUUAUGUUCACUUUUUAAUGUUACAAGGCCAAGUGUAGUUUUCUAGUUGUAUAAACUUGAACAUAAGUAUAAUUGAAUUACCAUUAUAUCCUGCCAUUUUUAUACUAAAUUACUACUUUGAUAUUUAUGAUGUUUCCAGCAUGACAAGUUGCCAUAGCCAGUUUACAUUAUGAAUGGAUAUAGAAAUUUUAUAGAUGUAGAUGUGAAAAAAAUGGAAAUUAACAGCCUCUUUGCCUCUUCACAAUCUUCACUUUCUUUUCUGCAUAGUAAUUGCAGUUUAGUAAAUACAAUACCUCAAAUAUGUUUUUUUUUCUCUUAAUUCUGAGUGAUACCUAAUGAGGAAAGUCUCUGCACAAAAUCAGAGAAGCUAAGAUCAGACUCCACUUAACACAGAGCUAACCAGUCUGUUGAUAGUUGCUGGUUAGGUAAAAUAAUGAAAAAAAACCGCCAAAUGUAUAUGUUACCUUACAACAACAUGAGAUGGUGUCCUCAGGAGGAGGAGGAAAAUUGUAGCAAGAGGCAAUUUAUAAUUUAAACAGGUGAGCAGUGGAAAAGCAAGUAUACCUCAACUGCAGUACUGUAAAGCUUUGAUAUGAGUUAUAUUUAUUUGUACUGCUUUUAAAUUGAAUGUGAUGUUCUUAAAAUGUACAUGAUGUUUACCUUCAAAUCCUAUGGGUGUCUAGUACAAAUAUCUUAGUAAUUAUGUAGACUAUUUUUCAAACAAACAAUUUUCAAUAAAUUUGUUUUU